AUGGACGAUAUGUGUCUCCAAUACGAGACCCCCGAUCCCCGGACCCGCGGUCAACCACCGCGCGUCGACGCGACGGCGAAACCGCACACGCGCGCGCGCACGAUGCAGAUCUUCGUCAAAACGCUCACGGGAAAGACGAUCACGCUCGAGGUGGAGUCCUCGGACACGAUCGAUAACGUCAAGGCGAAGAUUCAGGACAAGGAGGGGAUCCCGCCGGAUCAGCAACGUUUGAUCUUCGCCGGUAAGCAGCUCGAGGAUGGUCGCACUUUGGCCGACUACAACAUCCAGAAGGAGUCCACGCUCCACUUGGUGCUCCGCUUGCGCGGUGGCAUGCAAAUCUUCGUGAAGACGCUCACGGGCAAGACCAUUACGCUCGAAGUGGAGUCCUCGGACACCAUCGACAACGUCAAGGCGAAGAUCCAAGACAAGGAAGGCAUCCCGCCGGAUCAGCAACGUUUGAUCUUCGCCGGUAAGCAGCUCGAGGACGGUCGCACUUUGGCCGACUACAACAUCCAGAAGGAGUCCACGCUCCACUUGGUGCUCCGCUUGCGCGGUGGCAUGCAAAUCUUCGUGAAGACGCUCACGGGUAAGACCAUUACGCUCGAAGUGGAGUCCUCGGACACCAUCGACAACGUCAAGGCGAAGAUCCAAGACAAGGAAGGCAUCCCGCCGGAUCAGCAACGUUUGAUCUUCGCCGGUAAGCAGCUCGAGGACGGUCGCACUUUGGCCGACUACAACAUCCAGAAGGAGUCCACGCUCCACUUGGUGCUCCGCUUGCGCGGUGGCAUGCAAAUCUUCGUGAAGACGCUCACGGGUAAGACCAUUACGCUCGAAGUGGAGUCCUCGGACACCAUCGACAACGUCAAGGCGAAGAUCCAAGACAAGGAAGGCAUCCCGCCGGAUCAGCAACGUUUGAUCUUCGCCGGUAAGCAGCUCGAGGACGGUCGCACUUUGGCCGACUACAACAUCCAGAAGGAGUCCACGCUCCACUUGGUGCUCCGCUUGCGCGGUGGCCGGUAA